AUGGCUCCCUCUGACCAACCUCGCUACUCUCUUAUCCCUUCCUUCCUUUACUCACCAAAAACAUUGCUCAACAAUGUGUCCUCGCAUUAUUCUUCAUCAUCAUCACCACCUCCAUUCUCAGGCUCAGAGGGUAGGAAUAGUAAUAAUAAUUUUAUGAUCCCUGCACCAAAAGAGAGUAUUCCAUUGUAUUCUCCUGCUUACUACGCCGCAUGCAGCUUUGGUGGCGUCUUCAGCUGUGGUCUCACUCACAUGACCGUCACUCCUCUCGAUCUCGUCAAGUGCAACAUGCAGAUUGACCCAGUAAAGUACAAGAACAUAUCAUCAGGAUUCGGAGUUCUGAUGAAGGAGCAAGGAAUGAGAGGGUUCUUCAGGGGUUGGGUCCCAACACUGCUUGGGUACAGUGCUCAGGGAGCAUGCAAGUUUGGAUUCUAUGAAUUCUUCAAGAAAUACUACUCAGAUCUUGCAGGCCCAGAGAAUGCAGCCAAGUACAAAACCUUCAUAUUUCUAGCAGGAUCAGCCUCUGCUGAAGUCAUUGCUGAUAUUGCACUGUGCCCCAUGGAGGCUGUCAAAGUUCGUGUGCAAACCCAACCUGGAUUUGCGAGAGGUUUGUCAGAUGGAUUACCCAAGUUCAUUAAGGCUGAGGGUGCUGGAGGGUUGUAUAAAGGACUUGUUCCACUCUGGGGCCGCCAGAUUCCAUACACAAUGAUGAAAUUUGCUUCGUUUGAGACUGUUGUGGAGAUGCUGUACAAGAAUGUCGUCCCAACACCGAAAGAUCAGUGCAGCAAAGGAUUGCAGCUUGGAGUGAGUUUUGCAGCUGGAUACAUUGCUGGCGUGCUCUGUGCUAUUGUCUCACACCCUGCAGACAAUCUUGUUUCCUUCCUGAACAAUGCCAAGGGAGCCACUGUUGGUGAUGCUGUGAAGAAGAUAGGGCUAGUUGGUCUUUUCACACGUGGACUUCCUCUUCGUAUAGUUAUGAUUGGAACACUAACAGGAGCUCAGUGGGGACUCUAUGAUUCCUUCAAAGUAUUUGUAGGGCUGCCUACCACUGGUGGAGGUGCACCUAAAGCUGCCAAGUAGGACGUCACACCAUUGCGGAAUAGAGACUAUUUUUGACAGAGAAAUAAUGUGUCAGGGUGCUAUGCCAGUGCUGCUGCUUCUUGUCUUGUUGCCUGCUUUAUUACAGCACCACAACUAUACUUCAUCACUAAGAUGAAUGUUUAAGAUUUUGUACUUCAUUUAUUUCGGAUUUGAUUUUGUUAGCUCAGUUGUUUAUGGUGUAAUACAAUAUAGUUUGCCUUCUGGGUUGUUGUUGGCUUAGUCCUUUCCCACUUUUAUCACAUCAAAUACAUAUGGAAAAAUUUUUGGAGUCAGACAAAUGACAAAUCUUUAGUGUUUCAUUCAGUGUCUGCCAUGUAAACUACGUCUCUCAUCUUGCACCCGAUUCAACUGAAAAUCUCUUGUAUAUAAUCACACAGCAAAAUGCCAUCCACCUUUUUCAAAUUAUUGCUUGCAUUAUGCGGUUCUUUACAUUGAUAAAGGCUGUUAUCAGUGUUCUGUACUUGAUUUUGAAUUUGAUUCCAGAAUAAAGGAAUUCAAUAAUUGGCUGUAU